GCCCACCCCCACUACCGAAGCUGCCGAGCUUCCUUCAACCUGUACUCAUCCGAUCGAUCGAUCCGUACCAGCAAACAAAACUAACUCGGACUUGAUCUCACACGCUGCUGCUCGCCUGCUCGAUCGCUAGCUCACCUGGCAACAAGGCAGCAUGCAGGCGCAGUCCCGCCUCGGCGUGAGCGGCGGCGGCAUGUCGUCGGCGUCGGAUGCCGAGCUCGAGGCGGUGAUCCGCGAGCUGACGCGCGGGCGGCAGCUGACGGCGCGGCUGCGGGCGGAGGCCCUGCGCGUGCUGCGCGGGCAGGGCCAGGCCGAGGCCACCGCCGCAUUAAUCCUGCAGGAGGUGUCCCGCGCCUUCACCGUCUGCCUCAACAUCAUGGGCUCGCCCGCCGGCGCCCCGCCCCCGCCGGAAAUGCCCGGGCUGGCCGCGGCCGCGGCCGCGCCGCCUUUCCUGCUGGCCCCGCCGCGCCGGAACCGGGAGGACAGCAUCCCCAGAGUGCAGACGGUGACACCCUCGCCGCACUACGACGGGUACCAGUGGCGGAAGUACGGCCAGAAGAGGAUCACCAAGACACACUACCCAAGGUGCUACUACAGGUGCAGCUUCCACCGCGAGCGCGGCUGCCGGGCCACCAAGCAGGUGCAGCAGUGCAGCGGCGGCGACCAGCCCCAGUACCUCGUCAUCUACUUCUACGACCACACCUGCGACACGGCGGCCUGGGAGCCCGAGGCGCCGGCGAACCGGCCGGCGGCGACGGUGCGGCGGCUCGACCUGCCCGGGGCCGCCCUGCUGGACGAACGCGGCGUCCAGGAGGAGCAGGUGCUCGUCUCGACGCUCGCGUGCGUGCUGGGGGGCCAGCAGCAGUUCCACCAGGCUCCCCCUGCUCCUGAUGCGGCGGCCACCAGCGCCGCCAUCGCCGUCAACGAGGACCCUGCGCCGGUCGUUGACGCGGCUGCGGGGAUGCCGCGGCUUGACGUGGACGGGGUGGGGCUGGAUGUCAUGGACUACGAGGACGUGGCGGGCGAGCUGUGCUUCGGCGAUGGCGAUUCCUACGGCCUACCUGGCAGCGGCGGCGGCGGCGGCUUGCCGUUUUGAGGGCGCAGGCGGCGGCGCCAACUAUUCUCGCGCAACGGGUCGGUCAGACUCGGGAGGGUUCAGACAUCAGACCAGGCGCGACGGAUCACUGAAUCUUUGGUGUACAGUGAUCGAUCUACAAUGACUACUGCUUCAGAUACACGUAGGGCAUACGAAUACGAGUACCGUACGUAUGCACGCACGCGCAUACCGUGUCUUAGAAAUAUAAUGUAAUUAGUGCAAGAGUUAAGUAGUAACAAUUAUACUUGCACUAGAUUACGGCGAGGGGUUGCGUCUCUCCAGUUUAAGUUUUGGUCAGGCUGGCGUGAUUAAUUCCGCACGUGCUUUUGUGUCUCAACCAGCACGUAGUAAUACCCAAUUCAGGUCAUGUAAUAGUAGCUCUUUUAUCGUUUUGGCUGUUAUUAUUAUUUUUGCAAUUUUCAGCAAAAAGGUAUAUAUAUACCAGCAUAUUAUAAAAAACCUUGUCAAUUUUGUUGC